UUAUAUGACCCUUGAUUUUAGAGAGAGGAGGACGACGACGAGCAAAAUGUAUUCCUCACUUAGGAAGGCCGGGUCAAUUCCUACUAAAUUAUUUACAUAUUCCACUCGAAUAUCGUACUGCAGGAGACAAAUUCUUCCUCUUUCAUCAGCUGUUUGUAAAGUCAGUAAUUGUUGCACCUCAGAUGCUGUUCCACAAGAUAGAUUGCAUUGUGGGAAGAUUAAUUCAUAUUCCAGGAAACUAGGGACUGCACAAAGAUUGUUCCAUUGCGGACGACCACUGUAUGAUGAAGUGCGAAUAGUUGAAACUCCACCAUUUGCUGAGUCUGUUUCUGAAGGUGAUGUUAGGUGGGAUAAAGCUGUUGGGGAUUUUGUGAAAGAAGAUGAAACAGUUGGAGAAAUUGAAACGGACAAGACAGCAAUACCUGUACCAGCACCCGCUAGUGGUGUUAUUCUAGAGUUCCUUGCGGAAGACGGUGAUACAGUUGUUGCUGGACAACAAUUAUUUAAGCUCAAACUUUCUGAUGUUCCAACUCAGGAUGCACCAGCAGCUGCUACACCAGCUGAAAAACCAGCAGAAACUGCACCUCCUCCUCCUCCACCAGUAAGCACUGCCGGACCUAUCCCUACACAACCUCCACCAAUACCACCAACACCAACAGCACCAAUGUCUUCUAAGCCUGUUUCUGAAGUAAAACCAAUUGCUGCACAAAGUACCCCUACAACUGGGCUUGCUCAAUCUACUGGUGUCCCAACAGAACACAGGGUAACUAAGAAGAGUCAACCCGUCGAAAAAGAAAAUGUGCCGCCAAAAAAGAAAAUUCUUUCCAUAGUUAUUGAUGGCACUGACAUUGUCUAUCAUGAUUAUGUUGAUAUAAGUGUUGCUGUGGCUACUCCUAAGGGUUUAGUUGUUCCUGUUAUUAGAGAUGUCAACAAGAUGAACUUUGCAGACAUUGAACGAACAAUUAAUGAAUUGGGAGUCAAGGCACGCUCAGGCACACUAGCUAUUGAGGAUAUGGAUGGGGGUACAUUUACCAUCAGCAAUGGAGGUGUUUUUGGGUCGAUGUUUGGUACCCCCAUCAUUAACCCUCCACAAUCAGCAAUCCUCGGCAUGCAUGCUGUUGUUGAUAGGCCUGUUGCUAUCGAUGGAAAGGUUGAGAUCAGGCCCAUUAUGUACGUUGCUUUGACAUAUGAUCAUCGUUUAAUUGAUGGACGAGAAGCGGUCAUAUUCUUGCGCAAGAUAAAAUCAGCAGUAGAAGAUCCACAUAUACAUUUACUGGACCUCUAGCCCCAUUAAGGUUACAUUUAUAUACUCACACAAUUAAAAUUCUACUGAAUAAUUAUCAUAUGUUUGUGAAAUACACUGUAACUUAAUAUGAAAUAUUAUUGUGUAUGAAAUUGAGAAUGUUUUAAACUUUGAUUUUGAAAGAUAAUGAAUGUGGUUUUUGCAAUUUAUGAAGGUCAUUUAGCCAAAGUUUGUUUCAUAAGGUGAUGUGAUGUCAUCAUGACAAUAUUUAGGCAUGUCACAUGUUUUUCUAAAUUAGAUUGUUGAAUUUGAAGCUUUGUUGAUAUUCAAUUCCUACUCCUAUGAGUUUGCAAUAAUAACAUGCUACAUUUCUGGGUUACAGAUUCAUUUACCUAUAAGACCAUGCGGCAUUGCAAUUGGUAAAGCUUGUAUUUACUCUUAAGGCCAUGCAUCAUUGCCUUGGUAAUGUUUGCCUCAACCCAUAAGGCAUUGCAUUGGGAAAGUUUGUCUCUACCCAUUAGACCAUGGUUGAUUGCCUUGGAUGUAUCUACCCUUAAGGCCAUGCCGCAUUGCCUUGGUAAAGUUUACCUCUACCCAUAAGGCCGUGCCUCAUUGCAUGGUUAAAGUUUGCCUCUACCCAUAAGGGCAUGCUUUAUUGCCUUGGUGAAGUUUACCUCUACUCAUAAGGCCAUGCUUCAUUGCCUUGGUAAAGUUUACCUCUACCUAUAAGACCAUGGUUUGUUGACUUGGUAAAAUUUGCUUCUACCCAUAAGGCCAUGCUUCAUUGCCUUGGUGACGUUUACCUCUACCCAAAGACUUUGUUGACUUGGCCUAGUUUUUAUUUGAUUGUUAUAAGGCCUUGAUACUUCAGCUUCACUGUAUUAAAGUUUUAUGUUAACCCAUUAGGUGGCAAUGUGGUACAGCUAAAUAAAUCAACAAUAGCAAAAUGAAUGUUUUAUUCAAAAAUGCAUUAAAUUGUGUUAAACAGUAAUAAUAAACUGUCUACUUACUUCUCGUAAUUACAAUUCUGAAUGACAGUUGAGCCAUAAAAGAUCAAUAGCUGAAUGAAAUUGGGAUUAAAACAUGACAAUUGAAUACAUUUGCUAAUGUAUCAGGCACCUUUUUAUUUUAUGGUUUUUAAAAU